AUGCAACGCACCCUUGGCUACUCUAAGAGUGAGGGCGGUGCUAGCGGUGGCCAAGCAGGGCCUUGCCUUUGUGGUUGUAGAAAGAGAAGAUGGCUCCCGUUUUGGAGAAACAGCUCUCGGGCGCAGCCGGGCCAGGCAACGACAACAACGAAGACGAAGAAGGACAAAACCUUUGGUCCUCAAUAUUGAGUGAAGUUUCAACUAGAUCGAGUUCAAAGUUGCCACCAGGAAAAAAUAUCCUGGUAUUCGGUGACCAUGGAUCAGGGAAGACAUCACUUAUGGCCAAACUUCAAGGAACUGAUCACAACAAGAAAGGGAGGGGACUGGAAUAUCUGUACAUAAAUGUUCAAGAUGAGGAUCGAGAUGACCUUACUCGCUGCAAUGUGUGGAUCCUGGAUGGGGACAUAUACCACAAAGGCCUACUUAAGUUUGCUGUUUCAGCACAGUCCUUACCUGACAGUCUAGCUCUAUUUGUUGCGGACAUGUCACGGCCCUGGACCGUCAUGGAGUCACUACAGAAGUGGGCCAGUGUGCUACGUGACCAUGUGGACAAGCUCAAGAUCCCUCGUGAGAAAAUGAGAGAAAUGGAGCAACAAAUGGUGAAAGCGUUCCAGGAGUACACAGAACCAGAGGAUGCCACCAUAUCCUCUCCACAGCGACGGGCUCCAACAGCAGGGGAAGACGAGGCCGUUGUGCUGCCAUUGGGGGACAACACACUCACAUACAAUCUGGGCAUUCCAGUGCUAAUAGUUUGCACAAAGUGUGAUGCUGUCAGCGUACUAGAGAAGGAGCACGACUACAGAGAGGAGCACUUUGAUUUCAUCCAGUCCAACAUCAGACGAUUUUGCUUACAGUAUGGAGCUGGCCUGCUCUAUACAUCAGUCAAAGAAGAGAAGAACCUGGAUCUGCUUUACAAAUAUAUAGUACAUAAGAUUUAUGACUUCCAGUUCACCACACCUGCCUUAGUGGUGGAGAAGGAUGCAGUUUUCAUUCCAUCUGGAUGGGAUAAUGAGAAGAAAAUUGGGAUUUUGCAUGAAAACCUCACAACGGUCAGACCUGAAGAUCCUUUUGAAGAUUUUAUCACAAAGCCUCCAGUUCGGAAGCUGGUUCAUGAGAAAGAAAUAAACGCAGAGGAUGAGCAGGUAUUCCUGAUGAAGCAGCAGUCUUUAUUAGCAAAGCAGCCUGCCACUCCAACAAGAGGAGCAACCGAGUCUCCAGGACGACCGUCCUCAGCAUCUCCAAGGCCUUCUGUUCGUCCUGGCCAACAGACGGUGACCGGCGGCUCACCAAUGGCUGCUGUCAAAAAGCCCGAUCCUAACAUGAAAGCGGGGGCUGCCAAUGAGGGAGUGCUGGCUAACUUCUUCAACAGUCUGUUGAGUAAAAAGACUGGGUCCCCGGGAAGUCCAGGAAGUGGAGCAGUGGGAGCUGGAGUGCAAGGGUCUGCCAAGAAAACAGGGCAGAAGCCGGGUUUGACUGAUGUCCAGGCAGAGUUGGACAGGAUGACUCGCAAGCAGGACCCCGUGGUUUCAGCUAACAACGUACCGCCGCCGCCGACAGAGAACGAAGCGUGAAGCAACACAAAUUGGAGAAAAAAAAAGA